AUGGCUGGCACAAUCGAGAAGAUCAAGGCCAAGGUCGACCAGGCCCUCCACAAGGACAAGACCCAUGACGACCCCACCCACAGCUCUCACACUGGCACUACAGGACACACUACCACUCCUGGCCACAGCACCACUGCUGGACACACUACCACCCCCGGACACAGCACCACUGCUGGACACGGCACAACUGCUGGACACGGCACCACGAGCGGCCUGACAGGCUCAUCAACCACUGGCGGCUACGGCACUGCCGGCCACAGCGACCCUACCGGUCCCCACGACUCGAAGCUUGGCAACAAGGCCGACCCGAGGGUAGACUCUGACCGUUAUGGUGCGGCAGGCAACACCUCAGGGGCUGGAGGCAUUGGCACUGGCCAGUAUGGCGAGGGUCACCACACCACUGGCACCGGCCUAGCCGGCCACUCAACGACUGGCGGCGGCUUGACUGGACCUGGACACACCACCACUGGCACCGGCCUGACUGGUCACUCAACCACCGGCCACACCACCACUGGCAGCGGACUGACAGGUUCCAACACCACUGGCGGUAUCGGACAUCGCUCCAACGAUCCUACCGGUCCCCAUGACAGCCACCUUGGCAACAAGGCUGAUCCUCGUGUCGACUCAGACCGUUUCGGAGCCGCUGGCAACACUGCUGGCGCAGGUGGCUACGGAACUGGCCAGUAUGGCGAGGGACAUCACACUACCGGCCACACCGGUCACACCACUGGUACAACCGGCGGCACUGGACUCACUGGUGCUCUUGGUGGCCAGCAUGAUGUUACUGGCCCUCACGAGACCCGCACUGCGAACAAGCUAGACCCCCGCGUCGACGCUGACCGCUAUGGUGCUGCUGGCAACACCACAGGCGCAGGAGGCUACUCCAACACCACCGGCGGAAUUGGACACCGUUCCAAUGAUCCUACCGGCCCUCACGACAGCCAUCUAGGCAACAAGGCCGACCCCCGUGUUGACUCGGAUCGUAUUGGUACUGCAGGUAACACUACAGGUGCUGGUGGAUACGGCGCUGGACAGUACACUGAGGGCCAUGGCACCGCCGGCCACUCAACCACCGGCCACGGUACUGCUGGUCACGGCACUGCCGGACACUCCACUACUGGUCACUCGACCACUGGCGGAUACGGUAGCACCGGCAACACUGUUGGCAGCGGAAACUCCAACAAGACCGCUGGACCCCACGACAGCGACCUGCUCAACAAGCUCGACCCCCGCGUCGACUCCGACCUCAACGGCAGCAAGACUGUCGGAGGCAACAAGACUUACCAGUAA